UUGCAAACAUUUUGUCCACGAUAUCUUGUGCGAACAAUGAUGGAAAAUAUUUAUUGUUUUUGUGCAAUUUUACUGGUUACCUUCAGCCAUCUCGGAAGAUGCGUUCCAGUGCAAAAUGGCGACAACAGUUUCGAUUAUCUUCUUUUCGAUCAGCAUUGGCCCAUCACUGAGUGCUUGCACUGGAAAGGUUUGAACGAUUCGAAUUAUUGUUCCUUACCGAAAGAACCGAACGCUUUCAAUGUCCAUGGGUUGUGGCCAACAAAAACUGGUACAACCGGUCCUCAUUCCUGUAGUUCUCAGCCCAAAUUCGAUCGCAAAGCGCUGGAUCCUAUACUCACCAGAUUGAAACAACGUUGGAUGAAUGUACAUGGAGGAACUGAUGACUAUAGCUUCUGGGCGCACGAAUGGAACAAACACGGAACUUGUGCUAAAGUUCUCGAACCUUUCAACACAGAGGUCAAAUAUUUCAACAGCACAUUGGAUCUUAAUUCUUUUUACGAUAUUUACGGAGCUUUGACCGAUUAUGGCAUUACUCCUGGAGAUCAGUUUUACGCCAUAGAUGAUAUACUCACUGCUAUCAUGAGAAAAUUCGGUAAAACACCUCAAAUUUAUUGCAUUUUCAGUGGAAAGCAAGCUCAGUUACAUUCUGUUAAACUUUGUUUCGACAAGAAUAUAAAUCUUAUCGACUGUUCAUCUGUUGGAGUCAAAGCCAGAAAUUGUGAAGACAGGAAAACACUACGAUAUUUGAGGAAACUACCUGGUGGGAAAUGGUAAUACCAUUGGGAGCAUAUUUAUGCAACUGUGCAGUUUUGAAAUCAUUUUUAAGAGUGUUGCUGAAUAACCAUAUUGAAAAUUAUAUUAUCCAUAACAUGUUUCAAUAAACCAUUGUCUAAUUA